GUCGCGCCGCAGAAUUCUCAAGACGGUGAAGGUAAUCGAUGGAACUCUUACGCAGUGCCAUCCUCAGCGAGAUACAAGCGCUUGUGCAUGUCUUUCGGCAAGACUACGUCAAAGUCAAGUCGUCCCAGCUCCAAGGACUUGCAUCCUUGCGCGUCCACGUGUACCAGUGGACAGAUCUAGCGGACUACGAGUCGCAGACCGUGCUACGUCCGUUCCUCGACAUCGUGCGCAAUGAAAACACGACUGGGCCACUCACUCGUGCCGCGAUGGAGUCCGUGUGCACAAUCUUGCAAGCGUACGAGUUGUCCGACGAUGGCAUUUCCAUGCACCACGCGCUGUCGGAAGUUGUGGACGCCGUGACACAAUGCCGCUUCCAAGAAACCGACCCGGAAUCCGAUCAGUACGUACUCCUCAUGGUCGUCCGCGUGCUCGAUGUCGUGAUUCAGUUCCGCGACGUGACGCGGCGGCUUCACGUGGACACGAUGUGGCACGUCGUCGAGUCCUUGUAUGGAAUCGCCCGCUCCUACGAGACUCAAAUCCCCAGCGUCCUGCGCUCCCUCGCCACCGAAAGCCUCCAUCGGCUGCUACGUGUCGUCUUUGCAUCCACCGCAUCGUCGUCAGCGAGCACGACGACGGCGAUCGACACACGCAUUCUCGCGUUCCUCGUCCAGAAGAUACUUGCGCCGUCGACGGCGCCGCACUCCACCGAGCGAGAGAUGCUCGUGGCAUUGGACCUUCUCCACACGAUUCUCCAAGCGAGCGGCGGCGCGCUCUUGGAUGCGCCGUCGCUCUUGGCAUAUAUUCAAGACGACCUGUGCCUUGGACUGCUUCGAAUCUGUCGAUCCACGACCAGCGACGACGACUAUAGUUUAAACGUGCGCAUGGCGAGUUUGCCGCUGUGGCGGCUCCUCUGGGUGCACCUUCGGCCGGCCCUCAAGCACCAGUGGGAAGUGCUUGUGCUCGGCGGCCUCGUCCACGUCAUUCAAGCCAAGCCGACCAACGAUGCCAGCAGCGGAGGAGGUCGGGGGGACGACUCGGUCGAGCACCAGUGGAGGCUGGAGGUAGGCCAGGUCCUCGUGGACUUUUUCAGCGACGCGUCGUAUCUCGUCGACAUGUUUGUCAACUACGACUGCGACGCGGACCGCGCGAACGUCGUCGCAACGAUCCUCGACACGUUUUUCGAUGCGGCCGGGGCGAUGGGCGCCGACCGUCCCAUGUUGACGGCGUCGACGGAGAUGACCGAACUGUCAUGCCUUGGCAUCAUGAAUGCGCUGCAAAUGCUGUAUCGGCGCGCCCAGCACAGUCCGCAAGAACCAUGGGCGCCCCCAAGCGAUGUCGGACCCCCCGACGUCCUCCUCGCGCGACGCCAGCGAAAGCAGUUGUUCCAAGACGCGAUCGCUACGUUCAACAAGAAGCCGUCCGCCGGCAUCCAGUUGCUGGUGCAGCACGACUUUCUGCCGUCGCCACUAACGCCCGUCGCUCUCGCUCGGUUUCUUCGGUCGCUUCCCCGAGGAAUGGACAAGACGGUUGUGGGUCAAGUGCUUGGGGCGCUCGGCAAGGCGCACGCGGCGCCGUCGGGGGGAUCGCCGCGGUCGAAGAAAGCCAACGCGCCACUUCACGACACGGUCGAGUUUCACGCGCAACUGCGCGUCGCGUACGUCGAGACAUUCAACUUUGACGGCAUGCCGCUCGUGGACGCGCUUCGGACGUUCCUGUCGGCGUUUCGCUUGCCCGGCGAAGCGCAGCAAAUCGAUCGCAUUCUCGAAACGUUUGCGACACAUGUCUAUGCCGAGUGCCGCGAGCGCGACCUGUUUGGAUGUGUCGACGUCGCGUACUUGCUGAGUUUUUCCAUCAUCAUGCUCAACACCGACCUCCACAACGCCAAUAUUCGCCCGGAAAAGAAGAUGUCGGUCGCCGACUUUUUGAAAAACAACGUCAACUACGGCUUGAACAACCAACUGGCGCCGCUCCCGGAAGCGUAUUUGGCCACGAUCUACCACGCGAUCGCAAACGAUCAAUUCCGGACGAGCGAUAACGACAACGUGUUUGCUCCCGAGCGAUGGAGCGACGUUCAACGGUCCAUGGACGCGGCGACGAUAGUUUCGAUGGCCAACCACCGCCAGUACGACGCCCAAGUGCUCGACGCAGUCGCCGAUCGGUUGCUCGAAUCCGCUCCAGUCCUUAUCCAUUCGUCCAUGCGGCAAGUGAGCGACCUGUCGAUGCAGCUCGUCGUGCUCACGGGCCUCGUGUCGUCGGCGCUGCACUGCACGCACCUCGUCCACCGCGUCGUCCACCUCCUCGCCGACGCGUCGACGCUGCUCGACGCGAUAGACGUCGACGAAACAGUUGCUGGAGCCACGUACUCGUUUCUAAACGACCCGGUGGCGUGUGCCGCGACAGAAGGACUGCUCGAGGUGUGGACGCAUUGCGCAUUUGAGUUUCGAGAUGGCGCAUGGAGUCGAUUCAACUCGGUCGUGUGCCGCUUGCGCGAAUUCCAUCUCGUCCCGCGCAGUUUACUGCGCCACAGACCAACGUAUCGCAGCUCGGACGAGGCGGCGGCAUUUGUUGCGGCAACACGGGCGCAAGCGCAUGCGAAGCGCGCGUCCAUCAAGAAGGCCGCCGCGGCGUCGUCGGGGUACUUUGACUCGUUCGUGUCGCGGUUUUUCUCGGACACGGCGACGCCGUCCCCGAUCAGCUCGCUCGACCAUCACGCGAGUGGCCCGACGAUGAACUUUCAAUUUCGCAUUGAUGAUCUGCUUCUUGACGAUGCCGACAACGACGAAGCAACGACAACGCCCGCCGCUGUGGCGUCUACUUUGCAAUAUGAAGGGUUGGUCCCGCUGUGGACGCGCCGCCUCGCGCCGUACUACGAGCACAUGCAUCCGCUGUCGGACCUGUCGUUCGUUUCUUUUUGCCACGUGGCAUGGACCGAGAUCGAGCGGGUCGUGCUGCCUCCGACCAAAUCCAAAUCGAUUGUCCCGAAACUCACGCCGGCCGGCGCCGUCUUCCUCGAGCAACUCGUGCUUCAGUGCGUGGCGCAGACGUCACCGGCACUCGUCGUGGAUCGGCUGUGGAACCACGCACAUGUCCUGCUCACGUGUCUGGACCCCCUCAUCCGUGGCAACCUCCAAGUCGACGGCAUGGCGUUUGAAAAUGCAGUCUUCCUCAUGGAUACGCUUGUGACGGGCCUCGUCCAGUUGGACGAUUCGCCGCGCCUGUGCACGCUGCUUCAGACGCACCACCAUCUCCUUGGACCCAUCACACAGGCGCUUCUCCGUGGUGUGUGCAACAUGCCAGCCCACAUGGCCCAAGUCGAGUGGGUGCAGCACGUUUCAGUGCAGCCCGUCUGGAUUCCGUACGUGUCUAGCCAUGAUUUGAUCGAGUGUGACGUGGUUUCGUGCCUUUUUCCGCGUUGCUCGACGCGAGCAACGCAUGCCACCCAGUGUGCUCGGACGAGAGAAAUAUUGUCUCUGCCUCCAGGUGCUCGUGGCCACCAAGCCGUGGCGAGCGCCAGAGUCGUGUAUCGGUUGACGAGUGGCCACGUCCACCGGCUACAUUUCUCGUGCUUCAAACGAAUUCGCGAUCAUGUCGUGCAGUUUGCAGGUCCUCUGCGACGACGGCUGACGGUUGUCCGGCACGUUGUGUAGGGAAGUCGUGGAAUUGCUCGACAAGUGGAUGCACACGCUGGUGGUGGACGCCGGCAACGUUGCCGACGAUUGCGAUUCAAACGACAACUCGCCGGCCGCGGUACACGCACUCACGAACGUCGUGUUUACGUGGGGGAUCUUUCCCGCUGACGCCGAAGUCGCCGUGGCGGGCCAAGCGCUCAAGUACGCUGUCCAGUUAUUCCACCAGCCCACGACGACCCGCAUCGACGCGCUCACGAUCGUGGGCGGUUUGCUCGCGUUGAGACGACAUCCCAACGUAGACAUUCGCAUGAACGCCAUCCACACGCUCAAGCAAUGCCUCUUGGAAAGCACCGUCGUGACGAAGCGAUUGUUUACACCAGACACGUGGGCCCUUGUGGUGCGCAUUGGCUGCCAAGGCGAGCGCGGCGUGUUGGUACGUUCCACGGAUGCAGCGGGAACCGAGUCGCCCGACCAGGCGGGCCUCGUGGCCUUGGCGUUGCCCCCUGCAUUGGUCGGAACUGCUCCCAGCCACGACGAAUCGAACACAGAUGCGCCCGUCACCACCGAAUUGGGACGCAUGCACGUUCUCGCCCAAGUUUUUCUGCACCACAUGGACGAUUUGGCCGGUCUGUCCGACUUGGACCUUUUGUGGAGCGAGUUGCUUCAAGCGUUGGUGUGGCACUUGGCUCUGCCCACGCACCACGAAGAAACUCUCCAGUUGAUGCGCAACGUCGUGCAAGUCGUCCACGCAUCGUUUGCGUCGCAGCCCUGGUUUCAAUCGUCGGUAGGGACCAUCGCGACCCAGCAUCCAGACUUGGCUGCCUGGACACCUCAAGAAACCCACGCCGUCGCCUCUGUCGUCGUGCCGCCGAUCGCAGCGUCUGACUAGCUGCGAUACACCUUAUAUAAAAGACUAUGAAGUCACUCGAA